AACUCAUUAAUGCAUAUAUACUAUAAACAUCUCUCUCUCUCUCAGUGCAUAAAUAUAUAUACUCCAAGCUUUUUUCUUGCCUGUUUCCUUCACAGCCUGUCAAGCUUGAAUUAUAAGAUCAUGAUUAUAAUUGUUUAGAAACAGGUUUGUUUUGUUGUUUCCCUAAGCAAACAGAAAGAGAUAAAGAGAAAGAGAGAAAAAAAAAAAAGAAAAAAGACUAAUUCUGGGUUGUCAAAGAAAGGGAUAUUCAUUGUUGGAGUGUUGUUUACUGUUCAUCUAUCUAUCUCUAUCUCCAAAUUUACCCUCAAAUAUUCUUGGGUUUCUCCCUCCAUUUUUCUCUCGAAUCAUGAGUUAUGGAAGCUCACAAUGAAGUUGGCUUCUUGUUCUUUCAGCUUUGGUUCCCUAUUGGACAGGAUUAAUUUAGUUAGGAAUGACUGAGGAGGAAGAUGUUCGAUGAGCUUCUUUGGACAGAUUCGAGAUCUGAUUAUCUUUUCUUGCAGGAAUGGGAACUAAACUUGAAUGUGCCUUCAAUCUCUUACCACCUUCACCAAAGAGCAAAAGCUUUAGUGUUCAUUGUGUGGAUGAACUUGACUAUUUGCAAACUAAAGCGUUGAAUAUUAGCUUCCAAAUCACUGGAUUGGACAAGCAUCACAGCUCUCUUAAAGAUAGAAUGUCUGAAAAAAACAACAUAGAUUUCAUCAGAAAGACAAUGCAGAUGCAUGAAGAUACCUUCAAACAGCAGGUGAGGGAACUCCACAGGCUAUACAAUGUACAGAAGAUGUUAAUGAAUGAGCUGAGCAAAGAAAUUAAACAGAAUAAAAAGUACUGGAGUCCCAUGACUCGUAGUUCAGACAUUAACCAGCAUAAUCCCACAACCCAAACCACUUAUAUGUACAGUUUUAAACUUGAAGACUCAAGCCCAAGGGAAAGAAGUGGCAGUUGCCCUGGUGAAACCAUAAGAAUGAUAACAGGACGAUUUGAUCUUGAGAGGCCUGCUGCAGAGGAAGCCAUUGAUGAUCCCUGGGCUGCUGGGAAAAGCUCUUUCAUUCCCUUUAUGAGCAACAAUGGUUCUGACCAAGAAAGUGAAGUGGAGCUAACAUUAAGCAUUGGAGGAAGCAGCACCAGCAGCAAGAAGAUGAUCAUGUCCACAAAUCAAGAACUGGGAUUGUCUGAACAAAUGCAGAAGAGUAUUAAGGAGCUUGAUUCUCCUGCAUCAAUUAUGUCUGGAAAAGGAGAGAAUUGCAGUGACCCAACAACACCAAUGAGCAGCUCUAGUACAACGUUUGAUCAGGAAAGAAAACAACCACAUUGGCUUUUACAAGGUUUAAACAUAAACAGAACUACUUGAACUUUAAUUUCUGACUUGUAUUAGUGUCUUAUUCUAAAAAACUUUGAUUUUUUUUUUUUUUUGAUGACUGAAUCAGAUCAAAUAUUCUUAAUUUAGUUGCCAAAAUUAAUCUGAUAAAUGGAUCAUUGAGGUGUACAUGGUGUGUGAAUAGGACAUGUACAAAACUUUCUGUUCAACUAUUUUUGCUGUCCACAUUGGUUCAAAGCCUUUAUUGUUUCUGUUUUUAGCAAGCUACAAAGGAAAGCAUUGUGAAUGAAGAAAAUUGUAAACUGUUGCAUUUUGUAACUAGUUUCCACCCGCCCUUGAAUGUGAUUGUGAACUUGAAUAUGGUUAUGAAUAUGAUUGUGAAUGGAGAAAAUUUUCGUUUGUCAUUGAAUGUGAGUGAAAAAAUCUCUCCUCCUGACUCCUAGUAUUGGAUUUGAAUAGAGAAUAUUUUUUUCUAGUCUUUUUAUGUGAAUGGAGAAUUUUCUUAUCAUGCUCUUGCAGGCUUAGGUUUUUAUGGCAUGAAUUUAUUGUGUUUUUGGA